GCGCCGUCUGGUCUAGUGACUCUAUACGUGUAAUUUGAACCCUCCUGCCACUUGACUACGUAAGGAGUACGUUUCCUGUUAUCUUUUUCAUGUAUUAAUUCCUUCCUUGUUCUGACUAUAUUAGUACAUGGUGUGCGUAUCGUUUCAAAUCACAAUUUUACUUAUUCUAAGAAUUGCUUUCAGAAUGAACGAAGGAAUCCCUGUCAGAACAUUUAAACAGUCAAUCAACUCUGAGGGGAGCGAGUAUGAGGAGGAUGUACCGGAGAUAGGGAUGGUACCUGCUUUCAUCAUGUCCAUAAACUUCAUCAUCGGAGCCGGGUUCUUCUCCAUGCCCUACGUGUUCUACCACGGGGGUAUAAUGUGGGGAGCUAUGACUCUAAUUUUAGUAACAUUGACCCUUGUUAUUACUAGUAAUUGGACCCUGGAAACUUGCUCCAGAGCACAGGCUUUAGACACAGUGAUCAGAGAAUCGGAUAUUCCAGAUCUCAACUUCCAUGACGUCUCCAUCGUUGGUAGAAGGAAUAACACCUUUGGUAGUGUCAACUCAAGGACCAGACUGUUAAAGCCUAAAUAUGAGAUAACAGCUGCCAGGAAGUUUGAGUUUACAGAGCUGAUGGAGGUAUUCUUUGGGAAACCCGGCCGGAUUAUUACUGCUUCUUUGAUUAUUGUAUACCUGCUGGUUACGCUAUGUGCAUACGCUACAAUAUUCGCUUCUACCUGGUCUCUGGUAAUACCGUACAAUACCUCCAUCCACUCUCUCGGCCUGUGUAAUCUAUCUGACUACGAGGGGCUGCUACCUGGGGGAGACUGUCUCAACUCUUACAGAUUUUCAGUCUUGAUAUUUGCGUGCAUAGUGAUACCAAUAUCAGCCAUGGACGUGAGCACUAUGAAGCCCUUCCAGAUAGCUCUUAGCUUUAUCAUGCAGUUCACAAUAGGUGUAGGUAUAAUACACUGUAUAUACGGGCUCGCUACGGGUAACAUUGCCGACGGUGAGCAUCAACCCCAUCCUACACGCUUUUUCGCCUUUGAUUUCACAAGUUUCGUGAACAUGGUACCGAUUGUGGUAUACUCCCAAGUUCUACACGAGGGUAUCCCCAUGAUAGCGCAACCUGCCCGGGACAAGAAAAAUCUACACAAGCUGUUCGCUGGUGCCCUGUCUUUCGCUUGUACGGUCUAUCUGACCUUUUCAAUCCUGACAGCUCUGAGAUUCCGGGAGGAUGUGGCAGCCACUGCUUCUCUUAACUGGAACGUCACCAGACAACCUGGAAAUCCGAUGCUGAUCCGUAUGAUCAGCUAUCUUAUCAUGUUGACACCGAGUGUAGUUGUGUGCAGCGCCUACCCUCUGUGUGUCAUCACCAUGGUCGCCAACCUUGGUCUUCUUAUCACCGGACGCGAUUUGAGCACGGACCCGAAGUACAAGAAUAAACUGAAGCUUGUCGGUUGUUUCAUUUCUAUAAUUCCUAUCAGUGGUGCUCUUUUCAUCUCAAAUCUGAAGACUCUCUCAAAAUAUGCAGGUCUGAUAGCAUUCCUGUUAAUAGGGUUCAUCCCGAUCAUGCUUCAAGUUCAGAGCAGAAGGAAGUGCAGGAGAGUGUUCGGUAGAGUAGACGCGUGGAUUGAGAAGAGCAUUUCUGCUAGUUUGUCUUUCCGGGAAGAGGACCGGAUGCAGCUGCUGGACAAAUACGCUAAGUUGCGUGACGUCAUGACAAUGACACCGUACUACAGUUCCUGGUGGAGCCGGACCUGGGUGGUUGCCGUGGUUACCGUCAUUUGUACUCUCCUCUUCAUUCUGGGAAUCAUAUCUGCGUUCUCUGUUGCGCACUAAAGAGCCAGGAGGAGGUCAUUCGCCGGCCCGAAAGUACUUUUCAAGAAUAUCCAGAAUUUAAACUGAGGACUUUAUAUUAGCAAUUGGCGAUAGUUGACAAAAAUCCUAAAGGGCCGGUUCAUAUAACUGUCUCAUUCUCAAUGACCAUGACACGUGAGCUGGGAAGUCUUUAAAGUGAGCUGGGAAGUCUUUAAAGUGUAAAGAUAGCUGUUUUAAUAAAAGAGCCACAUUUAGUGGAGUAUGUGCUGUUUUAGUUUAGGGUGUAUUGAUUCAGUUUUGCUUGUGUCAAAGAGCUAUGAAUUACUGUACUUACAAUCAAGUUAUUUUCAUUCAGGAUUAUAUUACAAUAUAAUAAUCAUGUUGUCAGAAUUGUUAGAUCGAGAUUUAGAAUUACUGUACGAACUCACGACAAUUUAAUUAAUUUACG